GGCUCAAUUCUCCGCACCAUGUCAAUUUCCUCCGUCGGCCGAUGGGCGCGGUCUUCGCGAUCGUCAUACAUCCUCGAAACACCCCCAACUUUCCUCGUUCCGUCGCUAUGGAAAUCUGCACCGGCUGCCCGGAACUUCUCAACUUCGCCGUCGCGAUCUCUACCACGCGACUAUAAUCGUAACCGCGGUGUUUCUGCAAUUCGCGGCACUGGUCCUCGUCAGCCAUUAUCUGUUUCCAAGGAACCUUUGCCGGAGCCAGUUCUUGAUUCGAAAUUGAGGUCUAAAGUCCAAGUGGAUGAGAAUCAUGGGCUCUGGGGUUUCUUCAACAAGCAGCGUACAACCUUGAGCACGCCGGAGGACGAAUAUUCCCAUGGACGUUCUUGGUCGGUCGAAGAGCUGCGCUCGAAGUCAUGGGAAGACCUUCAUAGCUUGUGGUGGGUCUGUGUUAAGGAGCGGAAUCGAAUUGCCACAGAAACCUUUGAGCGAAACAGACUCAAGGCCGGCUAUGGAGAUUUUGAGGCUUCCGACAGGGACACGACUGUCCGUCGAACACAACGCGCUGUCAAACAUGUACUCACUGAGCGUUGGUACGCUUGGGAAGCUGCUCGGAAAUUAGCCAAGACCGAUGAAGAGAUUGACCUGAACAGCCCAGGUCAGAUUUAUCUCCCUCGGGAUUUUGAGGAGGAUGUACCUGAGGAGGAGGAACUGCGGGAUGUUGGGUCGAAGGAGCCGACGACUACGAAAGAACGGAGAGAUGCAGACAAGGUCACCGUAUAGGCGCCAGUUGAUUUGGUUCUGUUUCCCUCUUUUCUCGAAAUCGAUGUGCAUGGUCUCGACAGAGGGCACCUGAAGCCACUUAAUCUGCAUUUGUUUCUGUCGGGAUACUUGCAAUCGUUGUGUUUAUAGAUUAACCUGUACUUUGUAGAUUAUUUGCUCAGGGUCUCGCAAUAUAGGGCUGUGAAGUUUCUGGGCAGAAAAUAUUCCUGCCCUGAGUUGCAA